AUGCUAGUGGUAUUGCUCUUGCUGCUGACUUUGAGUAAUGCUAUCGACCUUGGUGGAGAAAAGGAUGAGAAACCGUGUGAUUACAAUCUGACAUUAGAACCAAGACCACAUAGUGUGUCCAUCUUGGAGUUUGGUGCUGUUGGAGAUGGGAGAACAUUGAACACUCUUGCCUUCCAGAAUGCCAUCUUCUAUCUCAAGUCUUUUGCCGAUAAGGGCGGUGCGCAGCUUUAUGUGCCACCGGGAAGGUGGCUUACUGGAAGUUUCAACCUCACCAGUCAUCUUACACUCUUUUUGGAAAAAGGCGCUGUCAUUCUCGGAUCUCAGGAUCCAUCUCAUUGGGAAGUUGUUGAGCCCCUACCCUCAUAUGGUCGAGGGAUUGAACUUCCGGGAGGAAGAUAUCGUAGCUUGAUAAAUGGAUAUAUGUUACAUGAUGUGGUCAUAACAGGUGAUAAUGGAACCAUCAAUGGCCAGGGCUCAGUUUGGUGGGAUUGGUUUAGCUCUCAAACUUUGAACUACAGCCGCCCUCAUCUUGUGGAAUUUGUUUCGUCUAAAUAUGUGGUGGUUUCAAACCUUACAUUCGUGAAUGCUCCUGCUUAUAACAUCCAUCCAGUCUAUUGCAGCAAUGUACAUGUUCAUAACAUCUCAGUCUCUGCUCCUCCAGAGUCGCCUUAUACCGUUGGUAUAGUCCCAGAUUCUUCUGAUAAUGUGUGCAUAGAAGAUUGCAGCAUUGGCAUGGGGUAUGAUGCCAUUGCCCUUAAGAGUGGUUGGGAUGAGUAUGGCAUUGCCUAUGGAAGACCCACCACAAACAUACACAUCAGGCGUGUCUCCCUACAAUCGUCUUCUGGUUCUUCUCUUGCCUUUGGUAGUGAGAUGUCUGGUGGCAUUUCAGAUGUAUUUGUGGAGCAGGUCCACCUAUACAACUCAUUUAGUGGCAUUCAGUUCAGAACAACAAAAGGUAGAGGGGGCUACAUCAGAGAGAUCAUCAUAUCAGAUGUUGAAAUGGAAAACAUCCACAUGGCAUUUGGUGCCUCUGGUCAGUUUGGUUCCCAUCCCGACGACAAGUUUGAUCCUAAUGCUCUCCCGGAUUUGGAUCACAUCACCUUGCAAGAUGUGAUUGGCACAAACAUCACUAUUGCUGGAAGCUUCACAGGGAUCCAAGAAUCCCCCUUCACUUCCUUUUGUCUAUCCAAUAUCUCCUUGUCAGCCAAUUCUGGUUCUCCCACUUGGGUAUGUUCAAAUGUUUCUGGCUCUUCAGAUUCUGUCUUCCCUCAACCCUGUUCUGAGUUUAAUAGCUCUUAUUCCUCUUCCUGCUUUUCGCUACUUACCGCGAAUGGAAAAACCGCAGUCUUAUGA